GACGUCUCUACAGAAGCUUGCGGGCUCCACGACAAAAUGUCGGUCCAAGAGUAUGCGGUCAAUGAGUACACCGCCAAUGCGCAACCUCACUUCAACUUGUUAAGGAUACUGGGCGGAUGGGGCAAUGUCAAUGGUCCGGGUCUUCUAAUGCUCCGGAGCAUGCUAGCAGGCACAUCAACGGCCGCUGUUCUCGGGCUCUCGGCCGCGAUCGUAGGGAGUAGUAUCUGGGGCACCGCCGCACUGCCGUUCAUCGUCGGAUCCUCAUUAGGAUUCGUACUCGGAAGCACCAGAUGGUACGUCGUUGCCGUUAAAGAGUCUAUGUUGCAGCUGGACAACUACCCCGCCAUCUUGCGCCUCCACCUGAUCGCCAACUUCCCAUGGAAACCGGAGCUCGGACGCCACAACCUCGACUGGUAUAAUGUCAGACGAUUUAGCUCAAGCUGGCAGAUGAAGAGCAUGCUGGUGGCAAGUUGGCUAACUGCCCAGCCCGCGCUGGACGAGAUUCGGACUCGCACUGAGGCUGCGCUGGUGGACAACUAUCUCAGGCAAGAGGGGUUUGAAGGAGAGGGUCAUGCUGCUACACCGCAGGAACACCAAUGAUUUGCACGAAAUUGCUGUUCGAUAUGCACUGGCAAACCUUUAGUAGUCGCCCAUGCAACAAUGCAGAAAAGGCUCUGAUGUGUUUUCUGCCCGUGAGCGCCUGUUCUCGUCCCUAACAGCCCCCAAGGUCAAAGCUAGCGAGUUACAGGCUAUAGAGUGGGGGAAUUCCCAUGGUCCAUUUACUUUUGGCUCUCUGCGUCAUGAAUCAGAAUUCGCUUAUACCUACGAACUGGAUGUUGACCCUUAUUGUUGUUCACCUAGAGAAUGACAUGCCAGGAUGCUCCCUCG